GGCGGUCUGGGAAUUUAAGGCGAUGCUGCUGGUGUGACGUAUAAUGUAGUGGACGGAACGCUUCUUUCAUCAGCAGCAACAGUUAGUCAGACACCUCGGUAGCUUGAUAGACAAAAUAGACGAACCAAUAAAGCUCUUUAGUGUAUAUUAGCCAAUGUGGUUUAUCCCACUCCUGUUGUCUAGUUAGUUAUCCGACUUAAUUUCUUAUUUACGUUGUUGUAGUUAUUAGUCAGCUAGCAGGGUUUUGGUUAAGUUAGCAUUAGCCUAGCUAGCUAACAUCCCCGACCAUGAGUUCACUAAGCUACUCUCCUCCUGAUAAAGAAGAGGAGGUCUGCUGGACGGAGAAAGAGGGUCUCGUCAAAGAGGAGGAGGAAGAGGAGGCUGUUACAAUACAAAAACAAGUAGAGGUUGAGGCUGUUACAGUGAAAGAAGAGGAAGACUCGUUCAGAGUGAAGGAGGAGCAGCAGGCGGCAGUGUUUGGAGUGAAAGAGGAGGAGGGGGAAGAAGAGGAAGAAACUGGAUAUCUGGGCCCGGUUUCCCCAAAGCAUCUUAAGGCAUCUAAUGAUGAACUUAGCUGUAAGAUGGUUUUGAGAAACCGUUCCCUGAUUAACACGAGAGAAGGAUGUGACUAUUGUGGAUCCUCUGGGGAGCCUCAACAACAUCAUGAAGCUGAUGUGGCAGAGAAAAAAUCACAAUUACACCAGAGAAUACACACAGGAGAGAAACCUUUUAGCUGUGAUGAAUGUGGGAAGAGUUUUACUAAGCCAAGCAACCUGAUAUCACACCAGAGAACACACACAGGAGAGAAGCCUUACCACUGCUCUGACUGCGGAAAGAGGUUCUCAAGAGCAGAGAACCUAAAAGUACACCAGAGAAGCCAUACAGGAGAGAAACCUUAUAGCUGCUCUGACUGUGGGAAGAGGUUUCUUUUGUCAGGACAUUUAAAAGCGCACCAGAGAAUACAUACAGGAGAGAAACCUUAUAGCUGUGAUCAAUGUGGGAAGAGUUUUACUCAGUCGUGCAACCUGAUAUCACACCAGAGAAUACACACUGGAGAGAAAUAUCACCGCUGCUCUGGCUGUGGGAAGAGAUGCACCACUUUAUCAGACCUCAAAAUACAUCAGAGAAUCCACACAGGAGAGAAACCUUAUAGCUGUGAUCAAUGUGGGAAGAGGUUUACUCAGUCAAAGAACCUGAUAUCACACCAGAGAACGCAUACAGGAGAGAAGCCUUACCACUGCUCUGACUGCGUGAAGAGUUUCCACAGAUCAGAUUCACUAAGAAGACACCAGCGAACACACACAUGUGAGAACUCUCUUAGCGAGAAAUCUCAUAGCUGUAAUCAAUGUGAUAUGAGAUACUCUGAUAAAAGAUCUCUGAUUAAACAUCAGAAAAUACAUGAAGGAGUUGUUUCAUGAUAUCAAUGAAAUGAUGUCACAAUGUAGAUUGUUUUAACAUUGUAGUAGGAGUAUUUUAAUGAUGUCACAAUGUAGAAUGUCUUAACAUUGUGGUUGAAAAAUCCAGGUUCUGAAUUGAAAGAGUUAAACAUACAAAGUGUUGCGUUACAUUUACCUCGUUGGUGGCCCACUUGAAUCAAAAUGCAACACUUCAAAAUGUAGCUAGCUGUUUGCUAUAAUUUGUCCUCUAACCAGUGAUGUACACAUUAUUCCCAGAUUCUGUGUGGUGUUUGAGCUGUUAGUUUUAAACAGGACGUGCAACCUCAUCUCCCUCCUCUCGCAAAAUUUAUUUCCAAGUGAUAUCGAUAUGAGUGAUGACAAAUAAGUGUUGCAUUUCUCUUCGUUUUGGGGACCCCUACAUUUAAAUGCAUCACUCCAAAAAUGUACAUGACUGUCUUCUGCUAGUUGUCGUUAUUCCACUACUGAAGAAGCAUGUCUCAAAUCACCUCAUAUUUCAAACAUUCAGCCUGACAAAAUAUACAUGUUUUAUUAUUCCAUGCCUCACCAUUAAGUGAAUUGUUGCUAAUACCCAUUAACAAAGGGGUGUAUAUUUGGUUUUGAUAUUGUCACGUUCUGACCAUUGUUCGUAUGUGUUUUCCUUGUUUUACUGUUGGUCAGGACGUGAGCUGGGUGGGCAUUCUAUGUUGUGUGUCUGGUUUGUCUAUU